UAAAUUUUGGCAGUUAUCGAUAAUGUUUACAUAAAAAAUAUCGCGGGUCAAACGUCUUGUCCUAUUCAAACAAAUCCCGAUAAUUAACGGCCCAAAGAUAAACCUUAUUAUAUAAAGUUAUCUGCUGACGAGUCGACAAUUUUAUUUGAAAUUUUCAAAUAAUUUUACGAAAAUGUUGGGCCGAUCGGCAAUUUUAGUUUUGCUCUUUUCCGCUUUCACCUUCGCCGAUGAAGCACCUAGAGCAGUUUUGACCCCAGGCCACGUACUUCCACUUGUGAAAAAUGGAAAAUACAAUUAUUUUAUGGGUACUACCUUUAAGGCAACUCAAUUGCAAGCCCUCAGGUUUUGUAAAAAUAUCAACAUGACUUUGCUGGAUAUCGAAUCAGAGGCAGAAAACGAAGCUGUAUACAAAUUAAUUAAAGAAAAAAAUGAAGGUGACAGUUAUUGGUCUUCAGGAAGCAGAAUAAUCGACGGAAAAUCCUGGUUGUGGUUAAGUACCGGCAAACAAAUCGAGCAAACCUACUGGGACAAUGGCCAGCCCAAUACCAAUAACGAAUAUUGUUUGAGUCUGAAGAUCGAUAAUAACCGCAACAAGGUAUUCUGGCAUGAUGAUGUUUGCAGUUAUGAAAAACCUUUUAUAUGCAAAGCAGCUGCAGAUGAAAAUGAAAAGGGACAAUCAGAAGUAUGGUCCAACAUUUUUGAAGGUACCAAAGGAUUGUUUUCUGACGAGUUUGUCUACGGAAACAAAUACUACUAUUUUGCAAGGCAAUUCAGGGGUAGUUUUGCUCAAGGUUUCCAAUUCUGUGAUAGCAUUGGUAUGCUACCCGUUUCUGUACUCUCACAAGACGAAAAUGACAGGAUAUACAAGCAUCUUAGAGAUACAAAUGCUGAGGAAAAAUGGUGGUCCUCAGGAGCAAGAUCAACCGACAGUGUCCACUGGUUUUGGUUAUCCAACGGACAACUUGUCAAUUAUACAAACUGGUCUGUUUCAGAACCUAACAACAGACUCAGUGAACAAUGCAUAGCUUUGGACAUGAAUAAGGAUAAGGGAUUGUACUUCUUUGAUAUUGGAUGCCGUGUAGAACAUCCAGUUGUGUGCGAAAGGCCAGUUAAACCAAGUAAAUUGAGCAAAAGGGAAACUCAACAACGUUGGUUAAAACGUGCCCAGUCUGUCAAGAACCAAGAAACUCUUGGAAAAUAUUAUGUAGAACAAGACUUUGAGGCUACUCAUGAUGAAGCUGUUGAAUAUUGUAAGUUCCUAGAUAUGCAACUUUCUGAGAUAAAUUCUCAACAGAAGACAGAUGGAGUAACCAGGGAAUUACUACUUGUCGCUGACAAUGGUCCUUUCUAUAUUUCUGGUAAGAGGUCUAAAGCUGACUGGGUCUUCGACAGUAACAACCAAAAAAUGGAUUAUACCAAUUGGCAAUCAGGAAGACCACAAGAGGAAUUGAACAAUGGUUGCAUUCAAAUGAACGAAAAAGGACAAUGGAUAGAUGUAAAUUGUGACAAAGAAUCUCUUUUUAUUUGUGAAAGACCUGGUGCUGACAAUGAUCUAGCUGACGACUGUCCUCAACCAGUAAUCAACGUAUACAUCAACAACAACAUGCCAGCCUUAGAACAUCAAUCAUUUAUUCCUAUCAGAGUAGAUGACCAAUCAGCCGGAGACGAGCAUUCCGUUCUUGUCCAGAAUAGAUGGGAUACUUGCAGCAAUUAAUUAAAUGUAAAUAAAAAUUAAAAAAUCUGCUUACCAA